AUGACGUCACGUCGAAGAUAUACUUGUUUGACAUUGGAGGAAGCAACAAAUAUCCUUGAGGAAUUGAUGUUAGAUGAUGAUGGGGAUGAGAUUAUUGAAAAAAUAGUUAUUGAACCUCCGAGCGGUAAAAAUAUUGAAACAGAUGAAGAUUCUGGCGAUGAGGAUGGCAGUGGACGACCAGAUAAUUUGCCUAAAGCACAGUUAACGCAAUCCUGCCAAGUUAUCAUGCGGAAUACUGCUGAGGAAGAUUUCUUGGAUGAAGCGCUAAGGGAUGUCUUGAACUAUUCGUCCCACAAUUUGGAUGUUGAUGUCUUAGAUGCCACUUUACCAACAUUUGAGUCGUCAACUUCCAGUUUGAUUUUGGAAAAAACACCAAGUAAGAUUGUUUGUAAAAACGUAUUACCCUCUGAAACCAAAAAACGGAGUCAACGACCACCAACUUUAAAACCGACUGCUGCUCAGAAAAAAUUGCCAAAGCAAAAGAAAAAGAAGCAAGGACCAACAAAACGAGCUAAACAAAGAAGAGAACCUAUAAUUCAGUGGGUUGAGGAUAAUAACACAAGGUACCAACAAAUUUUUCCAGAGCCAAGCUAUCUUGACUGCGUUAACCUAUCGCCCCAUGAGCAAUUUGAAAAAUUUUUUGACGACGAAUUGAUUGAAAUGCUUUGUACGGAAAGCAAUAGCUAUGCCGUAUAUUGUGGUCAGGUGAACCCACAAAUAACAACACAAGAAAUGCGUGUUUUCAUUGGAAUACUUAUAGUCACUGGUUACUCCUUUCUUCCUGUAAGAAGAGGGUAUUGGUCAAAUGAAACAGAUUUUCUGAAUGUGAUGAUUAGCGAUGCUAUGCGCAGAAACCGUUUUGAUACAAUUUUCCGCAGCAUACAUUUCAUAGAUAAUGCAAAGCAGCAGAUAAAUGAUAAAAUAUGGAAGCUACGACCAUAUACUGAUGCCUUGAAACAGCGUUUCCAGAAGCACUUUCAUCCCGAGAGGAACCUGUCGUACGAUGAAUCGAUGAUAGAGUAUUAUGGGCGUCAUGGUUGUUCGCCGUGGGCUUGA